AUGGCUGCAGCUUCACCUUUGCUGCAGUAUCCAACACCGGACAUAGAUAUCUCGAGCUCAUCACCAUCACUGCAGUCCGCAAGCUCUUCACAGUUUCCACAGACAAGUUCUAACACCUCCAGUCAACAACAGACUAUAACCAAUAGUCAGUAUCAACCAUAUUACUUACGACCGGGUUAUCGAUUUAAGACAAAUUUGCAACCGGUGUUGGAUGUUGCUGACGGUCCGGGCAGGCGGUUACGCAAGAAUGUGGCAAAUGUCCGGCGUCAUAUCGAUUACAUUGCCAAUGUGUUAAAUCAUUUUGAGGUUCGACUGUGGCAGCAUGAUGUACGUAGUCGUGAGGCCGUUCAACCGGAUAUACUAUAUCAAAAUUCUGCAGUUCCUCCAAUCGCUACGGUGGACAAGACGAUUGACUGUGUUUUAAAUAAAUUUGUACGGGCUGCAAUGAAUAAAGUUAAAUGUCCUAUUUACAGUAUUUGUUGGACACCAGAAGGUAAACGGUUGAUAACGGGUGCAUCAACGGGCGAAUUCACUUUAUGGAAUGGUACAGCUUUCAAUUUCGAGACAAUUCUUCAGGCUCACGAUACAGCGAUCCGUGCUCUGAAAUGGUCACACAACGAUCAAUGGCUUGUAUCAGCGGAUCACGACGGUUUCGUGAAAUAUUGGCAACCAAAUAUGAACAAUGUGCAUAUGUAUCAAGCGCAUAAAGAUGAGGCCAUUCGAUCUCUCAGUUUCGCGCCCACAGAUGUAAAAUUAGUGACUGGUUCGGAUGACGCUACUGCUCGGAUUUGGGAUUUUGCUCGAUGUGCUGAAGAAAAAGUAUUGCGUGGCCAUGGAUCAGAUGUGCGUAGUGUUGAUUGGCAUCCGCAAAAAGGUUUAAUAUGCACUGGAUCACGUGACUCACAACAACCAGUAAAGUUAUGGGAUCCAAAAACAGGACAAUGUCUAUCAACCUUGCAUGAUCAUAAAAAUUCAGUAAUGGCCGUGCAGUGGAAUAAAAAUGGGAAUUGGUUGUUGACGGGAUCUCGCGAUCAUUUGAUCAAAAUGUAUGACAUCAGAAUGAUGCGUGAAAUGCAUACUUAUAGGGGACAUAAAAAGGAAGUGACAGCACUAGCUUGGCAUCCGAUUCAUGAAGGUAUGUUUGUAAGUGGUGGUGGUGAUGGAUCAUUGGCAUACUGGCUUGUAAACAAUGACAAGGAACUUGGAUUUUUGGAGCAUGCUCAUGAUCAAGCUAUAUGGACGCUUGAAUGGCAUCCUUUGGGUCAUAUCCUAGCAUCAGGUUCUAAUGAUAACAAUACGAAAUUUUGGGCGCGUAAUCGUCCGGGUGAUACUCAGGAUGAUAUCUAUGGGUUGGCAUCAUUUUCUGGAUCGAUGCAAACGCCAGCAAAAGAAACGAAAACUGAAACUGCUGAGGAAAAAACGUUCAUCACCGUUAUUCCAGGUAUGGGCCUGGAUGAUGACGUGUUCCAAGGAAUGCAGAAAAAAGAUGCGCGAACAACCGUGGGUGGUCCGCCAGUUGGAGGGCCUUUACUGUUUCCAGAAGAUCCAAAUGCGCGGCAACAGGCAAUUUGA